ACGAAUCAUUUUCCUUGGUUAACAAUAAUUGUUAUUUUGCCAAUAUCUGCGGGUUCCUUAAUUUUCUUUCUUCCACAUAGAGGAAAUAGGGUAAUUCGUUGGUAUACUAUAUGUAUAUGUAUUUUAGAACUUCUUAUAACGACUUAUGCAUUCUGUUAUCAUUUCCAAUCGGGCGAUCCAUUAAUCCAACUAGUGGAGGAUUAUAAAUGGAUCGAUUUUUUUGAUUUCCAUUGGAGAUUAGGAAUAGAUGGGCUUUCUAUAGGACCCAUUUUACUGACGGGAUUCAUCACUACUUUAGCUACUUUAGCGGCUCGGCCAGUUACUCGGGAUUCUCGACUAUUUCAUUUCUUGAUGUUAGCAAUGUACAGUGGUCAAAUAGGAUUAUUUUCUUGUCGGGACCUUUUACUUUUUUUCCUCAUGUGGGAGUUAGAAUUAAUUCCCGUUUAUCUACUUCUAUCAAUGUGGGGAGGAAAAAAACGUCUGUACUCAGCUACCAAAUUUAUUUUGUACACGGCGGGGGGUUCUGUUUUUCUUUUAAUGGGAGUUCUGGGUAUCGGUUUAUAUGGUUCUAAUGAACCAACAUUAAAUUUAGAAAUAUUAGCCAAUCAGUCCUAUCCUGUGGCCUUGGAAAUAAUAUUUUAUAUUGGAUUUUUUAUUACUUUUGCUGUCAAAUUGCCGAUUAUACCACUACAUACAUGGUUACCAGAUACCCAUGGAGAAGCGCAUUAUAGUACUUGUAUGCUUCUAGCCGGAAUCUUAUUAAAAAUGGGAGCAUAUGGAUUAGUUCGGAUCAAUAUGGAAUUAUUACCCCAUGCUCAUUCUAUAUUUUCUCCUUGGUUGAUCAUAGUAGGCGCAAUGCAAAUAAUUUAUGCAGCUUCAACAUCUCUCGGUCAACGGAAUUUAAAAAAAAGAAUAGCCUAUUCCUCUGUAUCUCAUAUGGGUUUCAUAAUUAUAGGAAUUGGUUCUAUCACCGAUACAGGGCUCAAUGGAGCCCUUUUACAAAUAAUCUCUCAUGGAUUUAUUGGUGCUGCACUUUUUUUCUUGGCAGGAACGACUUAUGAUAGAAUACGUCUUGUUUAUCUUGACGAAAUGGGUGGAAUAGCUAUCCCAAUGCCAAAAAUAUUCACGAUGUUCAGUAGCUUUUCGAUGGCCUCCCUUGCAUUACCAGGUAUGAGUGGUUUUGUUGCCGAAUUAAUAGUAUUUUUUGGACUAAUUACCAGUCAAAAAUACCUUUUAAUGCCAAAAAUACUAAUUACUUUUGUAAUGGCAAUUGGAAUGAUAUUAACUCCUAUUUAUUCAUUAUCUAUGUCACGCCAGAUGUUCUAUGGAUACAAGAUAUUUAAUGCUCCAAACUCUUAUUUUUUUGAUUCUGGACCGCGAGAGUUAUUUCUUUCAAUCUCUAUCUUUUUACCCAUACUAGGUAUUGGUAUGUACCCCGAUUUUGUUCUUUCACUAUCAGUUGACAAGGUCGAAGUUAUUCUAUCUAAUUCUUUUUAUAGAUAG